GCAUGCUUAUUCACAUGCAUUUAUUUACGCAUAUGUGAUUAAUUAAUCCAUAAUGUGAUUGCAAGUUUUCUUAAUUUCCUGUUCAUGUUACUUGACUGACAAAAUACUAAUUCAAGACAUUUAUUGGUUUCUUACCUCAUGUUACGUCUAUGGUAAAAAAAGAAGAAGAAAGAGGACAGGUCAAUUCUAUGGCUCCCUUUAUUUGUCGUGGAAGAUUAAUUCGUUUAUGUGCUUGUGAUGUUGAUUGCCUGCAGGGAUAUAAAGAUCAGGCAGAAUUCCUGCGUUCAGGACUCUACAAAUGGGAGGGAGAUGCGCACACCUUUGAUAAGGAUGGACCUUAUAUUGAGGUCGUAACCUCGCCGAAUAAUCCUGAUGGUGCUAGCCGAGAAGCUGUGGUGAACCGUGGGGAAGGGAAGCUUGUCUAUGACCUUGCCUACCACUGGCCACAAUACACACCUAUCACUCAACCCUUGGAUCAUGAUAUUAUGCUGUUCACAUUUUCCAAAUGCACUGGACAUGCUGGUUCCCGGAUUGGGUGAGCAGGACAUUCUUUAGUUAAGAGAUUAAUGUCGCAAUGCAUGGCUUGUUGUUGGAAUAAGAAGAUCGCCACAAUAUAUCAUUCUGCUUUGCCUAUGUUUAAUUUGUAGUUCGUUCCUGUUCCUUUCUGCUAAUUAUUUUGUUUCCAAAUUGAAGCUGGGCACUUGUUAAGGAUAAAGAGGUAGCUAGAAAGAUGACUGAAUACAUGCAGAUCAGUUCCAUCGGUGUAUCUAAAGAAUCUCAGAUUCG